AUGCCUGAAAGCAAUUCUACGGCCAUUAAUGGCUAUGGCAGCGCCUAUGCUGCCAAACACAAUCUCCCCUCACAUUUUAUCGGUGGAAAUCGGUUGGACCUAGCUCCUCCAGGUGCAGUCAAGGACUUUGUGGCUAAGAAUGACGGUCAUUCCGUUAUUACAUCGGUUUUGAUCGCAAAUAACGGUAUCGCGGCCGUCAAGGAGAUCCGAUCGGUGAGAAAAUGGGCCUACGAGACCUUUGGCGAUGAGCGGGCGAUCCAGUUCACCGUCAUGGCAACCCCGGAGGACCUGAGGGCGAAUGCAGACUAUAUUCGUAUGGCAGAUCAAUACGUAGAAGUGGGUGGCUCGAUUCUCAUUCACAAUGGCACAGCGGGGUAG